UUUGAAACCAUGGUCACUUCAAGCGGAGUGGUGAUUUUGCACAGUAGCUAGGCUCUUACACGAGUCGGAGAUAAAAUUAAAGCGGAAGGCAUCAUUUCGCUACUGUCGGCGUAACGGUGCUGAUCUCAACAGGGGAAGGCCGAGUUGAUCCUGUUUAUAUUGGCUUUAUUAACAACUUAGUGCGUUACAUUUAGGCCUACUGCCAAGAAUGUCUUAAAUGGUAUGGAUAGACGACAUCACAACAGACUUGGCUUGUGAUUUAAAUGUUGCCACUCUAAACACGCUUGCUACAGUGCACAUACGUAUCGCUUGAUUUUAACCAGCCUAACAUGUGGCCUUACGGGGGUGGUGUUGGAGGUGGAUUCGACAGUCACAGGCAGAGCCAAAUUCAGAACAGGUUCCAGCCACUGCCAUCGAUUCAAGGAGGUCACGCACCACAAACAGGUUUUGAGAAAGCGCUAGUGCCAGUAGGCACAGGUCGACUCAAGCCCCAAAUGUCUCACAUAGCUAAUGGCGGGCCGAUGAUGUUAAAUGAUGUCGGCGACGCAAAGGUCCGCCAGUUUGACAACCGACUCAGCGUGGCUGAGCAGUCGAACAGGGCACUUCUGGAAGAGGUUGUUCGUCUUCAAGGAGAGCUCAAACAGGCUCAUCGUAAAACAGAAGACAUGCUGGCCGUAGAGAGGCAAGCAAGACAGCAGUUAACGGAAAACAUUCGGGCCAGUAAUGAUCUGAUUGGACAGUUAGGAGCAAGGUUAAAGAGGGCUGAGGAGAAGGUUGCCGAAGAGAGGUCGGCAGUGGGGGCGCUAGUCAAUCAUACAAAACAAGUUGAGCAAGCUGUGCUUGGUAGUCAGCAGGAGUUGGUCGCAAAACGUGACCACCAAAUGACGAAAUUUCAUGAGCUUCGGAACGAUGUAGAUGAAGCAAAUCGAAUGCGAGAGCAGUUAGAACGGGCAAUGACUUCAAUGGUUGAUGAAAUACGUCAAUUAAAAUCCAAAGCCGACUCUCAGAGUUUAGAAUUUAGCAGCGUAAUGCAUGAAGUUAAGGAGCGCUCUAAGCGACUUGAAGAAGACAGUAGACAAGCUCAGAGGAUGGAAAAUCAACGCAAAUACCAUGACAACCAUCACUUGGCUGAGCAAGCUACCUCUGUUCUGAGAACACAAUUGGAUGCCAGAUUGGGUGAAGUAAGGGAUGUGUUAAUGGAUCUAAGAAACAGAGUAACGACAGAAGAAACGGAAAGACGACAACAAGAACAGCAAGUAUUUUUAAAAAUGAAUGAUCUUCAGGCCCAAGUUCACGAACAGAAUCGUAAACGUGAAGAAGCUAUGCACGUUUUUGAUGUUGUCCAGCGAGAACGAGAUCAUUCAGCGGAUAACGAGCGAUUAAAGUUGCAGAGUAAGAUUGCGGAGAUUGCAGAGGAGGUCAGCAAAAAGAUCCUCGGCAAGGAGAUCCGUCUGAGAGAGGAAGCGCAACAGAAAUUUGGUAACAUUGAAAAGUAUUUACAUGAGGAACAAUCUGCACGCAUCGCUCACGAGCAGGCGAUGCGAGAAGAAAACGAGAAGCGAUGGACAGCCUUGCAAAAACUAACGGAGGAGGAAGUACUACACGUCCGUGAAAACCAAAAAAAAUUUCCAAAUAUAAUGGGAAGUGUAGAACAAAUGGAGAUGAUGGACAAAAUAGAAAAGAUGGAAAAAACGUUGUUGAAGAGGCGCGAGUCCAGUGACGACUUGGCCGAAUUCACAGAGGAUCAGAAACGUGUGACAAAACAUCUGAAAACACAACUAAAUGAUAUGUCGGACAAAAUUGAGAAUUUGGAAAUUGCGAUGAAGAAACGAGGAAAGACGGUUGAUUCUGAAGACGAGAAAUAUGCAACAAAAACGAUGAAAUCGCGACUAGGUGAAAUUUCCGACAAAGUUGAACAUUUGGAAAAAGUAACGAAGAAACUAGAAAGGACGGCAAGUUCCGAUGAUGAGAGAACACAGCGGGCAAUGCAACGAAAGCAGUCAAUUAGCAGGAGAACAUCCGAGCUUGAUCGCCAUAAGAAUGCUGGGGGACUGACAAAAGUGGGCGACACAAUGGAAAGAUUGGAAAAGAUGCAGGCGGAAACAAAGAAACAACUGGAACAGGUUAUGAAAGCUGAAAUCAAGUCAAGACAAAACCAGGAUAAACAGAUUGAGACCAAGAUUGAGGACGUACAGGAAAAACUGGGCGUCGCUAUAUCAACAUUGCAGCAGGCUAUUGGAGGAAUCAAUGAACAGGUCAUGACAGCAACUAAUGAUUAUCAAGACAAACUUAAGAUGAUGCUUGAGGAAUAUAAGGGAGCUGAUACAAGGGGCGUGGCUGACCUGGAUGCAAAGGUUAAUGCUCUACAAAGUAAAAUAAAUUUACAAGAUGAACAUUCUGAAGCCCAAAUUGCCAAGGUUCUGGCCAAGGUCAUGGAUGAUGAUUCUAAAGAGGAAGCUAAGAAGUCUCUGAGAAAACAUCAGACAAUGAUUGAAGAGAUUGAAGACUGGAAGGCUGGAGCUGACCGUAAACUUAAACAAAUCAAAGAAAAAAUGGAUGACCUCGAACCAGAGAUUGAAAGGAUGAAUAAAGCAAAUGAAUCAAUGCAAGAAGACAUGAAUCGAUUGGUGGAGAAUGAACAGAAAGAAAGGAUACGUGACGUUCAAAUGGUGCGGGCUGACCUGGAUGCCAAGUACAAGCAGAUACAGACAGACAUGACUGCGGCCAAGGCAGCCGUAAUGAGUGCUGGAGGGGCAACGACACCAAUGCCGGCUAUUCCAAUCUCUCAGAAGGAAAAGAUGGCUGCCGGGAAAGGUGGAGGCAAAGUAGACCAAGGAACCUUGGAUAAGAUGUCCUACCUUGAGACGGAGGUUAACAAAUAUCGUGGAAAGUUUAUGGAGAUGAAAGAAGAGAUAUCGAAAGUAGACGGUACUGUUAACACUGUAAAACUUCAUCUAUCACGCAAGAUAGAGAAAGAGGAGAAACAGCGCAAGGAAGAAACACAAGAUCUACAGUACAUACUGGAAGAUGUUAAGAAAAAGGUGGAAAAACUGGAUAAAGGAGGUGUGAAACCAGAUAAGAAAGAUAAAGAUAAAGAUAAACAUAAAAGUGAUGAAGGAGAUGAUAAAAAGAAAAAGAAAAAAUCAGAUAAAGGGUCUGAGAGCGAGAAGAAAGAUGAAGGGGAUAAGGAUGAUGCGAAAAAAGAUGGAGAGGAGGGAGGAGAGAAGAAGAAAAAGAAGAAAGAUAAAGACAAAGACAAAGAUAAGGAGGGAGAGGGUAAGAAAGAGAAAAAGAAGAGCAAGGAUGACAAAGAAAAUGGUGAGGAAGGGAAGGAGAAGAAAGAAAAGAAGGAAAAGAAGAAAGACAAGGAAAAAGAUGGAGAAAAGAAAAAAGAUAAGGAGAAAGAUGGAGAGAAAAAGAAAAAAGACAAAAAGAAAGACAAAGAUGAGAGUGGAGAUGUUGAAACUAAGCCUGACCCUUCAUAGCACUGUGUUGUGUUGUUUUAUGCUGAAUGACUUGAUAUGUCCGAUUGUGGACAUUCCAAGAGUAGUGUUGCAUCAAAAAAUGAUGGUGUGAUCAGAUGCAGUUUGUUGUGGGUGAUGAUGAAAUAUACCAAAGACAUAAACUUAUGCACUGAUGCAAGUAUAUAAUUAUUGUUGCAUGAUGGUAAAAGUGCAUGACAUUUUGCAUUUAUAUGCAAUAGUGCAUGAUCGAAAAUUGCAUGCUGGGAAAUAUGCAAUGUAUGAAUGUGCAAUACCAUAGGAAUGUGCAAUAGUGCAUGAUUACGCAAUAGUGCAUGACGGUAAAUAUGCAAUAGUUCAUGAUUACAUGAUGUGAUAUAUAUUAUACAGUAAUGUGGGAUGGGAUUAUAUGCAAUAUAAGAGAUGUAUAUGAGUAUGUAAUUUAGAAUACCCUUUUUAAGUGCAUGAUGUACAUUUAUAUAUAGUGUAGUGCAUGGGAAAUUCACUGCUGCAUUGAAUAUAAAAUAUUUUCAAUAUUAUUAUGUUGUAUGCUUUUUUUGAAAAAUUAAAUCAAAUGCGACAUUUUACUGAAUGUUUGUAUGCUUCAAAUACGGGUUUAAUAGUUAUGAUUAAUUGUUGUUAUUAUUAUAAUCAUUAAUUUUAUUCUUCUAAUUUGUUCAUUAUAAUAAUAUAAGUCAUAUACUAAUAGCAUAAUAAUAUUCGGAUGUGUUUCAAAAACUAAAUAACUUUGAUUGAAGUUGAUUCUUGCUUUCCACUUGCAGCAUAACAAUAGUCAAGAUGGUUUAAAAAAAACCAUAGACAAACACAUUUGCAGUGAAUACUUGCUUUUCAUUACAUUUAAGAGUUUUCAAAAAUAACAGCAACGUUUGAAGUGGAUUUUUGCUUUUCAUUUAACGCACUAGUAUUACUCUUACUUUUAUUAUGAUUUCCUUUCACAUACUUAAGCCAAAGAUGAACUACUAAGUAUCAGCUUUAACACAUUUAAUACAUUUUGCAAAAGUGUUAA